AUGAAGCACGGCUAUAUUGGCGAAUUUGAAAUUGUCGAUGAUCACAGAGCUGGCAAGAUUGUUGUCAAUCUCACCGGGAGACUAAACAAAUGUGGUGUGAUAUCGCCCCGCUUCGACGUUCCAAUUAAUGACAUCGAGAGGUGGACUAACUUGCUUCCAUCCCGACAGUUUGGUUACCUCGUUCUGACAACCAGUGGUGGUAUCAUGGACCAUGAAGAAGCUAGAAGGAAACAUCUUGGAGGCAAAAUUUUAGGCUUCUUUUUCUAA